AUGACUGUUCAAGGCCAUCGCACCCAUCCCCUCCACGCCUUGAGCGAGGAGGAGAUGCUCAAAGCUGCAGACAUAGUGAGAGGGCUCGUCAAGGAGAAGUUUGAGGGAAGGGAGGAGGUCAGGUUCAAGCACACGACACUUUCCGAACCCCCCAAGUCACUUCUACUUCCAUAUUUGGAUGCUGAGAGCAACGGUGUUCCUAUCCCUGCCCGCCCUUUCGUACCUAGAUGUGCCGAAGUCCUCUAUACCUUCCCUGGCAAGCCAGGUUUCACCGAAAGCAUUGUCAGUCUGGACACAGGAACGGAGGUCAAGUCGACUUUAUCCAAGCCUGGUGAUCAUGCCGGCUUCGACAGGGACGAGGUCAUUGCUUUCAACUAUGCCAUUCUAUCUCACCCCGAGGUCCUGGAGGCCAUCAAGAAAUUAGGUCUGGACCCCAACGUGACAGUCCAAUGCGACACUUGGCCAUUCGGAGCAGACAAGGACUCUUCCCUGGAGACCCCGAGACUGGUCCAGGCCAUGCUGUACGCUAGAGCCCCGCACAAUCACCUGGAGAGUAACAUGUACUCUUACCCACUUCCCAUUUCCCCCGUCAUUGACUCUGUCGAUCUGAAACUCAUUCGGAUUGACGCUCUGCCAACGGGUGGCAAGGAGGACGGAGCGGCCAUUCAUACCGCACCAGAGGCCCCUCUUGCUCACUGCGUUGAGAAUGAAUAUCACCCUGAUCUUCUGAGCGUUCCGCUGCGAGAAGGCCUCAAGCCUCUUAUCGUUCAGCAGCCUGAAGGACCUAGUUACACCGUGCAAGAUGGAAACUCCAUCUCUUGGCAGAAGUGGCGGUUCCGCAUUGGCUUCAAUUGGCGAGAGGGCAUGACUAUUCAUGAUGUCAGGUAUGAUGGACGAAAGACGUUUUAUCGUUUGAGCAUGAGCGAGAUGACUGUACCAUAUGGAGACCCCAGAUAUCCCUACCAUCGUCGACAAGCUUUUGAUCUCGGCGAUGCUGGAGCGGGUUUGACAGCAAAUAACCUGAAGCUCGGUUGUGAUUGCCUGGGGCAUAUCAGUUACUUCGAUGCUUUGCUCACCGCUUCCGACGGACAGCCUUACCAAGCUCCCAACGUGAUCUGUCUGCACGAACAGGACGCUGGUAUUGGAUGGAAGCACACCAAUGCCCGAACUGAUGUUGCCGCCGUUACCCGAGCCCGAACUCUCGUGGUUCAGAGCAUCAUCACCGUCGGAAACUACGAAUACGCAUUCUCCUGGCACUUCUGGCAAAACGGAACCAUCGAGUUCGAGACAAGAGCCACUGGAAUUCUCGCCACCAGUCUCAUCGACGAGGGGAAGACUAGCCAUUGGGGUAACGUCGUGUCUCUAGGUGUUCUAGCCGCCAACCACCAGCAUCUCUUCAGUCUGCGUAUCGACCCUAUGAUCGAUGGUCUUGAGAAUACUCUCGUACAGGAAGACUCCAUCGGUUUGCCCAUGUCCGAGGAGAAUCCCUACGGCAAUGCUUGGAAGCUGCACAAGACCUUUGUCGAAAAGAGCUGCGCCUUGGAUUUCGACCCACAGAAGGCUCGAGUGUUCAAGAUCGUCAACGAGAAGAAGCUCAACCCCAUCUCCAAGAACCCAGUCGGUUACAAGGUUAUAGCCCCACCAGCACAGCUCCUCAUGGCCGAUCAAGCCUCCCUCGUCCGCAAACGCGCUCGCUUCGCAGAGCAUCAUAUGUGGGUGACGCGGUACAAGGAUGAUGACCUCUGGGCCGGAGGAAAGUGGACUAACCAGAGUAUGAUUGAGAAGGACGGUGUGGCGGAUUACGCGGCGCGGAAUGAUAAUGUUCGAGGCGAAGAUCUGGUCGUGUGGGCGACGUAUGGUCUCACGCAUAAUCCAAGGGUGGAGGACUACCCAGUUAUGCCUGCGGAGGCUAUUACUGUUUCGCUGAAGCCGGCUGACUUCUUUGAUCGCAAUCCUGCUCUUGACGUGCCCCCUAGCACUCAGGCUGUCAACAAGAGUGUCCUGGUCCCCGCCAAUGGUGUUAGCAAUGGGGACCAACAGGAGGUCUGCUGCCGAUGA